AAAACUGCCCAAUCGCGCACGAACAGCUGCUUUGGCGUUUCUGUGCUUGUGGGAGGAACAUGGCCGAUCGGCUCACGCAGCUGCAAGACGCGGUGAACUCGCUCGCAGAUCAGUUCUGCAAUGCCAUUGGAGUACUGCAGCAGUGUGGUCCUCCUGCCUCGUUCAGUAAUAUUCAGACAGCAAUUAACAAAGACCAGCCAGCUAACCCUACAGAAGAGUAUGCCCAGCUCUUUGCUGCAUUGAUUGCACGAACCGCAAAAGACAUUGAUGUUUUGAUAGAUUCCUUACCCAGUGAAGAAUCUACAGCUGCUUUACAGGCAGCCAGCUUAUAUAAGUUGGAAGAAGAAAACCAUGAAGCUGCGACGUGCCUGGAGGACGUCGUUUAUCGAGGUGAUGUGCUUCUGGAGAAGAUCCAGAGCGCGCUGGCCGACAUCGCGCAGUCCCAGCUGAAGACGAGAAGCGGCACCCACAGCCAGACUCUUCCAGACUCAUAGCACCAGGAACGCCCUGUGGUGAAGCCGAGAACUGUCUCCGUGCAUUAUGAAUUCUGCAUCAGACUGAGAAAUGAGCCUUACCGAGAGUUACGGAAACAUGCACUAUGAUUCUUGAUACCUUUUUAGCUAUUUUAAUAACCUUCUAUUUUCACUCUUGAUAAAAACUUGCAAAAGUGUGAUUGAGUCAGCUUUAAACCAUCACUAUGCUAUCAUUUUUUAGAUCUGAAUGAAAUUAUUAAGGCAGAUAUUGCAUUAAUGUUCAUAAUACAGUUAAACAGAUACACUGUGAAGUUCUGUCUUUUUUUUCUUGCAUGCUGGGGAAUGGAACUCGGCCUAACACAAGCUAGGCAAGCUCUUUGCCACAGACUUAUACCCCCAGUUCUGUCUUAUUUUUGUAGUCCUUUUACAAAUCAUAACAUCCCUCAAGCCAGAGCUACAGGAUGUUUCAGUUUAUGUUGGUGUUCUUAGACACGUCUUUAGAGGUAGCAUUGUAUAACUAUGGACCUUUGAGCAAAAGUUUUUUUUGCUCUGUUGCUUUUAAGAAACAUAAGGAGCCCGGGCCUGGUGGCGCACACCUG